AUGGCAACAAAAUAUAACAUGUCAAUUCAAUUAUUUUUACUUUUUGUCAAUAUAAUCCUAAUUCGCAUCUCUCAAUGUAGUGAAAAUAAUGAUUAUAAUUAUGAACCUUUCAAACAUUCACAAUAUCCAACUGUAAUGAAAGAUAUAGAAGAUGAAUGUGAGAAAUGUGAUCGUAAAAAAUGUCCACCUAUUAUACAAUGUAAUGUUGGUACAGUACGUGAUAAAUGUGGAUGUUGUGAUAUUUGUGCAUUAGAAGAAGCUCAAUUAUGUAAUAUACCUGAAGAUUUUAAAAAUGGUAUUUUAAAACCAGGAAUUACAUGGCAUGGAAUGUGUGGUACAGAUUUAGAAUGUCGUACACGUACAGAUAUUGACUCAAAGAUAAUUGGAUCGCAAAGUAUAUGUUAUUGUGUUAAACCUGGUAAAGUAUGCGGUUCUGAUGGUGUAACGUAUUCAAAGUGUAAAAUGAAUGCAACAAUCAUCUCAUCGAAUGGUACAGUUAUUCCAAUUAGUGAAGGACCCUGUCAAACUGCACCUUCGGUCAAAUUAACUGUAUUAAAUCAAACUGUUAUUGAAGGUACAAAUGUUACAUUGAUUUGUGAAGCACGCGGUUAUCCGCUUCCAACCAUUACUUGGUAUUUUAAUAAACCAAAUCAAAAGCAGGAUAAAAUUCAAAUGCCAGGUAAUUACAAAGAUUUUACUGUUAGUGUUCGUGGAGGAACUGAAGAAACACACACUAUAUCUUAUUUACAAAUAACAAAUUUCAUCUUAGAAUAUGAAGGUGAAUAUGUAUGUAUGGCUGAUAAUAUUGUUGGAAUUAAAGCACAAGGUACAUCAUUAGUUAGAAAUAGUGCUUCACCAAUGUUUUCAUCUUCAUUAAUUUCAUCCACUGAAUUAUAUUUACAUAAUGAUGAUGAUGAUGAAUCAAAACAUUAA